AUGGAGCAACUGACAUCCCUCCCACGGCCUGGGGACCCCGGAGCCAUGGAGCCAUGGGCACUGGCCGCCUGGCACAGCCGGACUCCAGGCCAGGGGGGUGAGCCUGGAGGCACAGCCCCAAGCAUUGCUGAUACUCCGGCUGCUCUGCAAGUUGGAGAAUUGAGGCCUGGGGAGAGUUCAGAGCCCGAGGGGGCCCGGCGCCCUGGGCCUGUAGAGAGCAUUGACUCCGAAGGGCCACUGACGGGGCUGCCUCUCCGAAGGCAGCAAGCAGAGAGCCCUGGACCUGGCGGCCUGACGCUGGAGGACAAGGUAGAGGCUUUCCCUAAGGCCAAGCUGAACAUGGGCUUUGGGGACAGGCCCAAUCUAGAGCUGCUGAGGGCUCUGGGGGAGCUGCAACAGCGCUGUGCCAUCCUGAAGGAAGAAAACCAGAUGCUGAGAAAGAGCAGCUUCCCAGAGACAGAGGAGAAGGUGCGGAGGCUGAAGAGGAAGAACGCGGAGCUGGCGGUCAUUGCCAAGCGGCUGGAGGAGAGGGCCCGGAAGCUGCAGGAGACUAACCUGAGGGUGGUGAGUGCCCCGGUGCCUCGGCCAGGGGCCAGUUUGGAGUUGUGCCGGAAGGCCCUGGCGCGCCAGCGAGCCCGGGACCUCAGUGAAACAGCCAGCGCCCUGCUGGCCAAGGACAAGCAGAUUGCCGCCUUGCAGCGAGAGUGCAGGGAGCUGCAGGCCAGGCUCACCCUGGCAGGCAAGGAGGGUCCCCAGUGGCUCCACGUGCGGGACUUCGACCGGCUCCUGCGCGAGUCCCAGCGGGAGGUGCUGCGGCUGCAGAGGCAGAUCGCCCUGCGUAACCAGCAGGGGCCGCCCCCGCCGCCCCGACCCUCGGGCCCAGCUGUCCUGGCCCGAGCAGGGGGACCAGCCCCCGGCGCCCCGGGAGAGGCCACGCCCCAGGAGGAUGUGGACAACCCACAGGUGGUCAUAGGGGAGCCUGAGAAACCACAGAGGGUACAGCAACUGGAGUCAGAGCUCAGCAAGAAGCGGAAGAAAUGUGAGAGCCUGGAACAGGAAGCCCGGAAGAAGCAGAGGCGAUGUGAGGAGCUGGAACUGCAGCUAAGAGAAGCCCAGAAUGAGAAUGCCCGCCUCGUGGAGGAGAACUCUCGGCUCAGUGGGAGAGCCACGGAGAAGGAGCAGGUGGAGUGGGAGAAUGCAGAGCUGAGGGGCCGGCUCCUAGGGGUGACAGAGGAGAGGGACUCAGCCCUUCACAAGAGCCAGGACCUGCAGAGCAAGCUGGAGAGCCUGGAGCAGGUGCUGAAGCGCAUGCGGGAGGUGGCCCAGCGGCGGCAGCAGCUGGAGGUGGAGCACGAGCGGGCUCGGCUCGGCCUGCAGGAGAAGCAGGAGGAGGUCCGGAGGUUGCAGCAGGCCCAGGCAGAAGCCAAGAGAGAACAUGAAGGGGCUGUGCAGCUGCUGGAGUCUACCUUGGAUUCCAUGCAGGCCCGGGUCCGAGAGCUUGAGGAGCAGUGCCGCAGCCAAACUGAGCGCUUCAGCCUCUUGGCGCAGGAGCUCCAGGCCUUCCGCCUGCACCCUGGCCCCUUGGAUCUGCUCACCUCUGCCCUGGGCUGCACUGCCCUUGGGGACCGCCUACAACCCCGUUGUUGCUGCUCUAUGCCCCAGCCCUGCCAGGGGUCCGGCUCCAAAGACCUUGACCUCCCGCCGGGCUCUCCAGGGCGUUGUACCCCAAAGUCUUCUGAACCUGCCUCUGGCACCCUUGCUGGGGCCCCUCGAAGGGGCCCCUCUAAGAAGACUGAGUCUCUCUCCAACUCCUCUCGCUCCGAGUCCGUCCACAACAGCCCCAAGUCCUGCCCUACGCCCGAGGCGGACACAGCCAGUGAGGUGGAAGAGCUAGAGGCAGACAGUGUCUCCCUGCUCCCAGCAGCAUCAGAGGGCACCCGGAGAGGAUCCAGGAUCCAAGUCUUCCUAGCACGUUACAGCUACAACCCCUUUGAGGGCCCCAAUGAGAACCCAGAGGCAGAGCUUCCGCUGACCGCAGGCGAGUAUAUCUACAUCUAUGGCAACAUGGACGAGGAUGGCUUUUAUGAAGGGGAGCUCAUGGAUGGCCGAAGGGGUCUGGUACCCUCCAAUUUUGUAGAGCGUGUGUCUGAUGAUGACCUCCUGUCCUCCCUCCCUCUGGAGCUAGCAGAUUUGUCACACAGCUCUGGCCCUGAACUCAGCUUCCUGAGUGGGGCAGGGGGUGGCAGCAGCAGUGGGGGCCAGAGCAGCGGGGGUCGUAGCCAGCCCCGAAUGGAGGAGGAAGAUGCAGGUGAUGAGCUCAGCCUGAGUCCCCCGCCUGACGGCCUGGGUGAGCACCCUGCUGUGCCUUACCCGCGCCGCCUGACAGUCCUCAAACAGCUGGCCCACAGUCUCGUGGUGGCCUGGGAGCCGCCCCCUGAACCACUGGAGCUGCAUGGCUACCAUAUUUGUGUGAAUGGAGAACUGCGUCAGGCCCUGGGGUCUGGGGCACCUCCCAAGGCCGUGCUUGAAAACUUGGACCUGUGUGCCGGGCUUCUCCAUGUUUCUGUCCAGGCCCUCACUAGCCGAGGCAGCUCAGAUCCCCUGCGUUGCUGCUUGGCUGUGGGUGCCCGGGUUGGAGUGGGGCCUAGCCAGCUACGAGUCCAUCGGCUGACAGCCACAUCUGCUGAGAUCACCUGGGUGCCCAGCAAUAGCAACUUGGCCCAUGCCAUCUACCUCAAUGGGGAAGAGUGCCCACCUGCCCGCCCUAGUACUUACUGGGCCACCUUCUGCAACCUGCGGCCGGGCACACCCUACCAGGCCCGAGUAGAGGCUCAACUCCCACCCCUAGGGUCCUGGGAGCCAGGCUGGGAGAGGCCGGAGCAGAAGACUGCCACCCUGCAGUUCACAACUCUCCCAGCAGGCCCACCUGAUGCCCCCCUGGAUGUGCAGAUUGAGCCGGGGCCCUCCCCCGGAAUCUUGAUCAUCAGCUGGCUCCCAGUCACCAUUGAUGCUGCAGGCUCCUCCAAUGGUGUCCGGGUCACAGGCUAUGCCAUCUAUGCAGAUGGGCAGAAGAUCAUGGAGGUGGCCUCACCCACAGCAGGCAGCGUGCUGGUGGAGCUGUCCCAGCUGCAGCUGUUGCGGGCGUGCCGAGAGGUGGCCGUGCGCACCAUGUCACCCCAUGGCGAGUCAGCUGACUCCAUCCCAGCCCCCGUAGCCCCAGCCCUGGCUCUGGCCUGCCUGCCAGCCAGGGUCUCCUGCCCCUCACCCCAGCCAGGCUCAGAGGCCAGACCACCCUUUGUUCCAGCCUCCCCAGGGCCCGGAGACCCCAGCUCUCCUCUCCGGCACCCUGUUCCCCAUGGAACUCAAGAGCCCCCAGGAGCCCCCCUAGCAAGCCCUCCCAGUGAGGUAUCAAGAGGAUCCCAAGAAGAGCCUCCAGCAUCUUGGUCCCAGGAGGAGGCCGGGGCAGCCGUGCUAGGUGUCUUGGAGGAGAGCAAGAUCAGUGAGCCAGCUGUGGGUGAUGGAGGCCCUAGCCCUGCAGCUCCUGCACUGGCCCAGGAAGAGGCUAAGUGGACCACAGGAGAGGUCUGCCCAGUGCCCUGCUCCACCCAGGGAGCCCUGGCCCAGCGGGCACCAUGUACUGAGGCCAGCCAAGGAGACACAGGGUCCGGGCUGCGGCCCAGGGCUGAGAGAGAAGACCCAGCAGAGCUCGGGAUCCGUCCGGUGAACUCCCUUGUGGACCACAGCCGCAACUCAGACCUGUCAGACAUCCAGGAGGAGGAGGAGGAGGAGGAGGAAGAGGAGGAGCUGGGUUCCAGGCCUUGCUCUUUCCAGAAGCAGGUUGCUGGCAACAGCAUCAGGGAGAACGGGGCCAAGCCCGACUCCUUGUGUGAGACGGACAGCGACGAGGAGAUCUUGGAGCAGAUCCUGGAGCUGCCCCUCCAGCAGUUCUGCAGCAAGAAGCUCUUUAGCAUCCCGGAGGAGGAGGAGGACGAGGACGAGGACGGAGAGGAGGAGAAGCGGGGGGCAGGCUGCUCUCCCCGAGACCCUAGCCUGCUCGAGGCGGCUUUGCUGGGGCUGGGCUUUGACAGUGCUCAACCCCGAGGACCUGGCCCAUGCCCAUUGUCUCCUGAGCCUGUCAGGGCUGGGGACCGCCUGGAGGACAUACCUGGACUAGUUGGUGGAAGCAGCCGGAGGAGAGGAGGUGGCACCCUGGAGAAGCCCCCAAAUCGCAGGCGGCCCCCAGACUCCCGUGAACACUGUAGCCGACUUAUUGGCAAUGGCGGGCCCCAGCCCCUUGGACGACCAGGCCCCACACGGGAGAGGGGUGGCCCUCCUGUGGGCGAGGGGACCAGGGCUGGACCAGAGGCUGGUGGGAAAGGGCGGCUGGCCCCUUCCCGAUGUCCCCGUGGCCAGGCCCUGGAGUCUGGUCUGGCCAGCUGCCUGUCCCCGAAGUGCUUAGAAAUCAGCAUUGAGUAUGAUUCUGAUGAUGAGCAGGAGGCAGGCAGUGGGGGCGUCAGCAUCACCAGCUCCUGCUAUCCUGGAGAGGGGGAGGCCUGGGGCAUGGUGCCCAUAGGACGGCCCAGGGGGGCUCUGAAGACCAAUUCAUCCCCCAACCCCUACCCACGCCCCCCAGCCUGGGAGAAAGGGGAGCCAGAGUGGAGAGGCCGCAGUGCAACAGGCAGAGCCAAAGAGCUAUCCUCCUGGACAACAGAGAUGGGGGAGCCCAGAGGGCAGGACUGCUCUGGGCGGAGGGGCCCCGCACGGAAAGGGGCCCGGGCUCCCAAGCCAGGCUCCAGUGAGCUGGCCCCUCUGAGGAGCCCCCCGGAAGAGGUGCUGACCUACCAGGACCUACCUGUCAGGGUCUUUGUGGCUCUGUUUGACUACGAUCCUGUGUCAAUGUCACCCAACCCUGACGCCGGGGAAGAGGAGCUCCCCUUCCAGGAGGGGCAGAUCCUGAAGGUGUUUGGGGACAAGGAUGCAGAUGGCUUCUACCGGGGCGAAGGUGGGGGCCGGAUGGGCUACAUCCCCUGCAACAUGGUGGCAGAGGUGGCUGUGGACAGCCCUGCGGAGAGACAGCAGCUGCUCCAGCGGGGUUACUUGUCCCCAGAUGUCCUCACUGAGGGCUCAGGGAACGGUCCCUUUGUGUACUCCACAGCCCACACAGCUGGGCCGCCCCCCAAGCCCCGCCGCUCCAAGAAAGCUGAGUCAGAAGGCCCUGCUCAUCCCUGUCCAGGCCCCCCUAACUCGGUCUCCUCUUCUGGCCUGAAAGCUCCCCGCCCCAUGGUGGCUGCAUUUGACUACAACCCCCAGGAGAACUCCCCCAACAUGGAUGUGGAGGCAGAGCUGCCCUUCCAAGCAGGGGACGUCAUCACCGUGUUCGGGAGCAUGGAUGAUGAUGGUUUCUACUAUGGUGAACUGAAUGGACAAAGGGGUCUUGUUCCAUCCAACUUUCUGGAGGGUCCUGGACCUGCGGCAGGUAGUCUGGACAGGGAGCCUGGGACAACUGCAGCCGAGAGUCAGAGAAUGAGGAGGAGAAGAGUCCAGUGCUAG